CUGAAUUGCGUCAUCAAUACGUCAAUAAACUCUCAUUCACUGACUAUCAGGUACCACGGUAGCCGCCAUAUUCGCAUCCAUGGCCGGGUAGCGGUGCUCUGGGCGAGCUUGUGGUCCAGUCGUCGGCGGCAUUAAGUGUUCCUGGCAUCAACCCUUCGAUCCGGUCUCGAUCCGGCUCUGCAUCUGGUCACCGAGGCUGAGCAGCCGGACUUCCACCGAGGGGGAGCCAUGCAACGUGGAGCGGGGGUCUAGGUCGGACUACGAUGCCGUAGACCUAAGAGAAGAAUCCCUGGCACAAGAUGGAGGUAAACAGCGUUAGUAGUGAGGUCAAUGGACAUCAGAUCAUGGACGAGCCCAUGGAGGAGGGAGACUCUUACUCGCACUGUGAUGAAGGGACAUAUAAGGAGAUUCCUAUCACCCACCAUGUGAAAGAGGGUUGUGAGAAGGCGGAAUCAUCCCAGUUUGAACUGCUCAAAGUACUCGGCCAGGGCUCUUUUGGCAAGGUAUUUCUUGUCAGGAAGAUCGUGGGUCCAGAUGCUGGUCAGUUAUAUGCAAUGAAAGUCCUAAAAAAGGCAUCUUUGAAAGUCAGGGACAGAGUUCGCACUAAAAUGGAAAGAGACAUUUUAGUGGAAGUGAAUCAUCCCUUCAUAGUGAAACUGCACUACGCCUUUCAGACAGAAGGGAAACUGUAUUUAAUACUGGACUUUCUCAGGGGAGGGGAUGUAUUCACUCGCUUAUCCAAAGAGGUUAUGUUUACAGAGGAAGAUGUGAAAUUCUACCUUGCAGAGCUGGCCCUGGCCCUCGACCAUCUGCACAGCCUGGGCAUAGUUUACAGAGAUCUCAAGCCAGAGAACAUCUUACUUGAUGAAGCUGGACACAUAAAGUUAACGGACUUUGGCUUGAGUAAAGAGUCAGUAGAUGCUGAUAAGAAGGCAUAUUCCUUCUGUGGUACGGUGGAGUAUAUGGCCCCUGAGGUGGUCAACAGGAGAGGACACACACAGAGUGCAGACUGGUGGUCUCUGGGAGUAUUGAUGUUUGAAAUGUUAACGGGGACAUUACCAUUCCAAGGCAAAGACCGAAAUGAGACCAUGAACAUGAUUCUCAAAGCUAAGUUGGGAAUGCCCCAGUUUCUAAGUUUGGAGGCCCAGAGUUUGUUGAGGAUGCUCUUUAAACGUAACCCUGCAAAUCGACUAGGGGCCGGACCCGAUGGAGUGGAGGAGAUCAAACGCCACGCUUUCUUUUCCACCAUCGACUGGAAUAAACUGUACAGGAGAGAGCUCCAGCCCCCAUUCAAGCCUGCAGCAGGAAAACCAGAUGACACAUUCUGCUUUGACCCAGAGUUCACCGCUAAAACACCUAAAGACUCCCCAGGUAUCCCGCCCAGUGCUAACGCCCACCAGCUCUUCAAAGGCUUCAGUUUUGUUGCUCCAGCCCCUAUGGACGAGAACAAGGGCUCCCCACUGCUCAGCAUACUCCCCAUUGUUCAGAUGCACGGGGGCGCAGCCAAGUUCUCAGAUCUCUACGAGCUGCAGGAGGACAUAGGGGUUGGCUCUUACUCCAUUUGUAAACGCUGUGUACACCGAGUCGCUGCCGCGGACUAUGCUGUGAAGAUUAUAGACAAAAGUAAGAGGGACCCCUCUGAAGAGAUCGAAAUCCUGAUGCGAUACGGACAGCACCCCAACAUCAUCACCCUGAAAGACGUGUAUGACGAGGGCAGGUAUGUUUACCUGGUGACGGAGCUGAUGAAGGGUGGAGAGCUGCUGGAUAAGAUCCUCAGGCAGAAGUUUUUCUCUGAGAGAGAGGCCAGUGCUGUGCUCUACACCAUCACCAAGACUGUUGACUACCUCCACUGCCAAGGGGUGGUACACCGAGACCUGAAGCCCAGUAACAUCUUGUAUAUGGAUGACUCGGGGAAUCCUGACUCUAUAAGGAUCUGUGACUUUGGAUUUGCUAAGCAGCUUCGGGGAGGAAAUGGUAUCCUCCUCACCCCCUGUUACACCGCCAACUUUGUGGCACCGGAGGUACUAAUGCGUCAAGGUUAUGAUGCAGCCUGUGAUAUAUGGAGUCUUGGAGUUCUACUGUACACAAUGCUGGCCGGGUACACACCGUUUGCUAAUGGGCCAAACGACACACCAGAGGAGAUUCUGCUCCGGAUUGGCUCUGGAAAGUUCCUUUUGACAGGUGGCAACUGGGAUACUGUAUCAGACAGCUCAAAGGAUCUGCUGUCUCAUAUGCUACACGUGGACCCUCACCAGCGAUACACAGCAGAGCAGGUCCUAAAGCAUUCCUGGAUCACCUGCAGAGAUGCUCUCCCACACUUCAAGCUCACACGCCAUGACGCACCUCACCUCGUCAAGGGAGCCAUGGCUGCCACCUAUUCAGCACUGAGCCAGAAGACAAGUCAACCUGUGUUGGAGCCUGUGGCAGCUUCCAGUCUAGCGCAGAGACGCAGCAUGAAGAAACUCACCUCAACAGACAUGUAGACACACACACACACACACACACACACA